GGCGGGAAGGCGGUAAAUACGGAAUCCGGGAGGCGGUGGCCGGAAUGAGGGUAGCGGGCUCCGGUUGGCUGGUCCUGGUGUCUCUGGUACUGUACCUAGCAGAGCGGGGUGCCGAGUGCGCGGUGGUGCUACACUUCUUCCUCACGGCCCAGUACCUGUGGGCGGGAUGGACCCUCGGCCUGCUCCUUCCCGGCUGCCUCAUCCAGGCUCUCAGCUUUGCCUGGCUGCACUCCGAUGGACACCCGCGAUGCCUCCUGAUGAGCCUGGUCCACUUCUUCCAGCUGGGCAUCUUGAAGAGGCACGUGGAGUGUUUGCGCCUGGCUCUGUGUGGAAGAGGUGAUGAGAUCUGUCAGGAGAGGGAGCUGCUGAUGAAGCAAGGGGACCUGUCUCUUCUGCGGCUCAUGGAAGCUCUUCUUCAGGCCCUCCCCCAGUUACUGCUCCAGACCUAUGUUUAUAUGGAGCAGGCCGAUAUCUAUGCGGCCAGCUGUUCUUUGGCAUGCCUCCUGUCUGUGUCCUGGGCACUGGUCUCCUUCAGUCACUUCCUGUGCCUCCUGAGACCCGGGCACCUGUGCCUGCCAUGGGCAUCUGUGCUGUGCCAGCUCCUGUGGAGGAUGGGCAUGGUCGGCACCCGUGUGAUGGCCUUAGUGGUGUUUGCCAGAGCCUAUCACUUCUGGGUGUUUGCUGUGGCAGGUGCUCACUGGCUGGUGAUGUCUUUUUGGCUGGUGGCUCAGCAGACCGAUGUUAUCAGCAAGCCGUGUUACUGGAGACUCUUCAAUAUCCUCCUCGGAGCCGUCUAUGUCUUCUGCUUUAUUAAUGUCCGGGAUGGGCCCUCGCGGUAUCGUGUUGCUAUCUUUUAUGUGAUUAUGUUGCUGGAGAACUGCAUUCUGCUGCUGGCCACCGAGUUCCUGCAGGGGGCAGUGUGGAGCAACGCCAAACUGUCUGUGGCUCUGCUGUCGGGAUUCCUGAUUGGCUGUGCCGCCUUAAUCAUUUACUACACUCUCCUGCACCCGAAAUCCACCGAGAUCUCCCAGAGCUGUAAGAAAAAUGGAAGGAAUCGCACCAAACCAGACGCCUCUGGUCUUUCUUCCAGAUGGUGGGGCCGAGCUUCUAAGAAAGAGGCCGAUGACUUGUUUGGGAAAGAAGAACUGGGUCCAAAGACUGAAAACCGGGAGGGUGCUGCAGGCGACGAAGACCUCCCCUGGAUGAAGGUCGCUGACCAGAGGCAUCACUUGCUUCUAUUGAAGCUCGCCAUGAAAACUGGAAACAUGUCGAAGAUCAACGCUGCCUUUGGCGAGGGGGGAUUCGGGGACCUCUUUUCACUUGGGUGCGCACAGAAUGUCCAGCAGUCCUUCAUUCAGAACUAUGUCUUGGAUGGAAAACAAUCCGAGAACCCUAAAACUAUUUCUUUAAGGUCUAGCCCAUGUAUGAAGGAUCCAGGGCAAGCUGACAUUGGCCAGGAUCAUAAACUUAUUCUACAUGAAUGUUCUUCUUAUGUGACACUCGGAAACUCCAAAACUGGUGAAUGCGCUGACCCAAAGGAUGUGCAGAACCACACAAAUGAUUUGGGGUACUCUGGAAAAUCCUCAGGUGUUGAUGUUUCUGGUUCUCCAAACGAGGGACCCCAUGGAAGCCGAACAUUGUACUUUAGCGCGCACGCUGAAGGAAUGGUUCCACCAGGGAAGGAUUCCCACUUAGAUGUUCCAGAAACUGGCUUGAAACUUCAGACUGACAGCCCACUGAAAGAGUUGCCGGAGAUGGAGUGCGUGAAUAUUCCGGUUAUGUGCGUCAGCCCAAUUCUGAGUCUGGCCGCCAACUGCAAUUUCCAGAGGAGCAUCGGAGACGAUACAGGGAGCCUGUGUGAGGAGUCUGAUGUAUCUCAUGAUGACUCUGGACUUCCAGAAACAGAGGAACCUUGGCUGAAACGAGGGUUUUGUUUGCUUCCACCUUCUGUAAGAGGAAGGCUUGUCCAGGAUGAGAAGCCUUGUUUCACCUCCACCCCCAAACCACCAGCCACCAAUGGGGAAUCGGAACCACGAGAGUCGGCAAAGGCCAGGAGAAGGCUUGACCAGUUGACUGAGGGAAUCUAG